UCGUCUUGCUGGCAAGGAAGAUGAAUACGCCGGGUAUUAGUUUAUUUAAGGGAGCAGAAAGCCUGAAAAUAAACACCAGCUUAGAAAGGCAGGAGGAAGAAGAGGAUUUGGAAGAUCAAAGGCGAAGGCAAGCAGAGCUUGGUAACCUAUUACAAAAUGCAUUUGAUGAUUUAGAUGACGACGAGGGGACAAUUGAUUCCACAACAAAUUUUCAAAGUGACUUGGCAACAGAUGAUCAUCAACAGCUUGAAGUCGCCUUACCUUCUCACCCGUAUGGAAACAAUGUUUUUAAUAAGCCACAACAGCCAUUUGCGGCUCAACCUGCGGAUCAUUCUUCAUGUGAAGCUGAAAUACAUAACUUGAAAAUGGCUUUGGAGUCACGUAGCCGAGAAUUGGAACAUUCACAAGGGCUUCUAAAGGAGGAAUAUAAAGCACGCAAUGAAUUGGAGAAAAAAUUAUCCAUAACCGAGGCUGAAUUAGAUCGUGCUUUGUCAAAUCGCAAUAGUACUCAUGAAUUGCUGGUGGAAGCCAAAGAGAAAUGUUCCAACCUAGAGAGUAUGAUAGACAAACUAAAGACUGAAAAGAAACAAAUAGAAGCUGAGAAUAAUUCGCUGAUAGGAAAACUGGAUACAGCACAAAUGCUGCUCGCCGAUGUUCAAAGAAAAUACGAUAUGGUCGAACGUGAUUUGAACAAAAAUACAGAGCGUAAUUUUGAAAUGAAACGUAAACACAUGGAAGAUAUGCAUCGUGCCGAAAUGGAGAUACUGCAACAACAAAUACAACAAACAGCUAAUAAAUUAGAUAAGAAAUCCUCCGAAUUGGAAGUUAUGAAUACGCGAUAUCAGACACUGCAACAAAAUCAUGAAAUGAUGCUAUGUGACAAGGCCAGUAAAAUCAAUGAUCUAAGCCAUGCCUUGGAUCAGGCCCAGAAACGUUGUGAGGAACUGAUGUCACGUCCUGAUUAUUUUCAAGAAAACGUUCGACUUCAAAAGCUUGUGGCCAGUCUACAGGAACAAAUCAAGGGCAUGGAGAAAAAUAUUGCCUCUCUGACGGAACGUUUGGAAAUGACAACGGCUGAAUUGGAUGUGAUGGAUAGUGUUUUACAUCAGCACAAUAUGGAGGAUACACCCAGACGUUUGAGUCAAACGCAUGGACGUGUUGUCGGCAGUACACCACUUAAUCCCAUUGAUCGAGUGGGCAAUCUUAAAGAUGAAUUAUAUAGAGCAUUGGCCAAUGUUAAAGCCAAACGGGAAGAGGUAAAACGACUACAACAAACCGUCGAGGAUAAACAAAAUGAAAUACGAAUUCUAAAACAAGAAGAAAAUAAAUCCUUGGUGCAAAUUACCACUCUCAAAGAGGAGAAUAUACGUUUGGAAAAUAAACUUAAAUUGCUUGAGGAAGAAUAUGAACAUUUGAAGUCCAACAAGGAUCCCAAUAGCACCCAACAAGACAAUCAAUUGCAAACGCUGAAACAAGAACUCGAAGAAUUACACAGUCAACACAAACAGCUGAAGAUGCAAUGUGCCACCCUGGAGCAGGAGAAACAAAGUCAAGAAAUGGAACGUAAAAAAUUGGACUUUCAAAUAAAAAAUCUCGAAAUUGAUUUGGAGGAGCUGAAGCAAGAGCAUGAAAGUUUGAAAAUGAAUUAUGAACAUGUGUGUAAAGAAAACAUGGAUCUAAAGCAACGGAAUACCACAGACAAUUUGCGCUUGGAAUUGGAGAAACACAAGUUUCUGCUCAAAGAUGCCCAGGCAGAAUGUGAUCGUUUGAAAAAUCUCUAUGUCGAAAUAUCAAAUGCCAAGGAGGCUAUGUCAUAUGAAAUGGAUAAGCUAUUGAAAUCCGAUCAGGCCAAAGAAUUACAAAUGGCCAAAGAGAAAAUUGCCCAUCUACAGAGAUCUUUGCAAUUAGCGGAAGUUAAGACCUCAGAGUUAUCCAAAAUGUUGGAAACUGAAAAAUUGUGCCAUGAAAGGGAAGUGGGCACCUUGAGAGAAAAAUUGGAAAAAGAAAAGGUGGAGGCUUCGAAAGCUUCCAAAGAAGCUGCAAAUGAAUGUGCUAAAUGUAUGGACUAUGUGGCUGAAUUGACCAAGUUUGAAAUACAAAAUCUUAAGCUGACCAAUAUUAAUGCGGUUUGCAAAAAAGAAAUUGAUGAUUUGAAAAAGGAGUUGAAAACAUCCAAUGAUCACAUUGCUGAACUCAAUGAUCAACUAAAAAUAUCCGAACACCAGGAACAACUUAUUAAAGAACUCAAAACCAAAGCCGCCCAAUUUGAGGAAUACAUAAAAUCGCAAAGUUCAACAGCAGAUAAUUCCCACAGUUCAUCGGUACGCAGCUCUAAGCAAAUGAGUGACAAAAGUGUUGUCACCUCUCCUGAACUUGAACGAAAUGAGACAAAGAAAAUAGAGGCCCGCAUACGCGAUGAAAUGGCAAAAAUCUUUGCAGUUGAAUUGAAAAAAAUCCAACUGAAAAUGCAUCAAACCCAGGAACAAAGUUUAUGUUUGCAACGGGAAUAUCAACAUGUUACGGCCGAGUUGCAGCAGCGACAAAAUGAAGUGGAUCAAUUGAAGGCGGCAAUAUUACUGGAUCGUGAAAAAAUGGAAGAAAUUCUCAAACAAAAGGACGAAGAAAAUCAUGAAAUGCUACAAAAAAUGAAUUUGAUUGUGCAAAAGUCCCGGGAAGAGUUGCAAAUGAAAAUUGCGAAAAUUAAGGAUUUGACACACGAACUUAAUGAACGUCAGCAGCAAAUUGAAGCGGAACGCCAGUCUAUGAAGGCUGUUAUGAAACAAUGGGAGGAGCAAAGGAAAUCCCUCGACACCGUGGAAAUGGAAUGGAAACAAAAGUUUUUGGAUUUACAAAAGGCUCAUGAAUUGUCGAUAACGUCGUGGCAAACUAAAUACAAUUCAGCCAAGAGAACGGCAGCUAAUUAUAAGCGCUAUUCGGAGGAUAAAGAAGCUCACAUGCUCAAAGAAUAUGAUCGUUUAAAAUUUGAAUAUGAUGCUUCGUUGGCCAAAAUAGAAGCACGUUUAAAAGAGGCAUAUGAAAAGAAAAACAAAGAACUUAUGAAUGCCCUGAAUGAUAAGAAUGCCAAUGGUAAAAAUAAUCACAACAACAACAACAAAGAAAACACAGCAAGCAAUUCAUAG